AUGUCGCGACCAUCCAGCAGCUCGGGCAGGCGAGGGUCGGACACUGCUGGCAUCGGUAUGGGUACGCCUUCACACGUGGCCGGCUUCAAUGCAGCGCCUAGACAAAUCUCUAGUGGCAGCAUGAAUGCGCCUGCGCAUGCCCAGAUCGGCAAAUAUUCUCUCGGCGAUUGCCUGGGAAGAGGUGCAUUCGGGAGCGUGUUUCGAGGACUGAACUGGAUCACGGGAGAGACGGUGGCCAUCAAGCAGAUCCAGCUCACAAACAUUCCUCGUAGCGAGCUGGGAGAGAUCAUGUCCGAGAUCGACCUGCUGAAGAAUCUCAAGCACCCGAACAUUGUGAAAUACAAAGGGUCGGAGAAGACGAGAGAUUAUCUCUACAUCAUUCUCGAAUACUGCGAGAAUGGCUCAUUGCAACACAUUUGCAAGCGAUUCGGAAAGUUCCCAGAAGGCUUGGUUGGAGUCUACAUCAGCCAGGUGUUGGCAGGGCUGCUAUACCUCCACGACCAAGGUGUCAUUCACAGAGAUAUCAAAGGGGCCAACAUCCUAACAACAAAAGACGGAAGUGUCAAGCUGGCUGAUUUCGGAGUGGCCACAAGGACAGGAGCCAUGUCCGACUACGCCGUUGUCGGCAGCCCAUAUUGGAUGGCGCCUGAAGUCAUCGACCAGAGCGGCGCUUGCACUGCGAGCGACAUUUGGAGUCUCGGCUGUGUCGUUAUAGAGCUGCUAGAAGGCAAGCCUCCAUAUCAUGACCUCGACCCCAUGCCAGCCCUCUUCCGCAUCGUGCAGGAUGACUGUCCACCCCUGCCUAAAUCUGCUAGUCCGGUCGUGAAAGACUUCUUGAUGCUGUGUUUCCAAAAGGAUGCAAACCUGAGAGUCUCUGCCCGCAAACUCUUGAAACACCCGUGGAUGGCCAAUGCUCGGAAGCAGCUGGAAGCCAUAACAAGUGAUGGCUCCAUGCGUGGCCGAAACGCAACAAUAUACGACGACGCAGUCAAAAGCGUGCAGGAGUGGAACGAAGCUUUGAAGGAGCCCGCACGAUUGCCUCCUCUGGGAAGGAGCGUCGACAGUGGUACCUUCAAAGCGCGAGCAGCACACCCUCCUACGUAUACUCACAGCCCUCCAAGCCUCUCACCAGCUGCGACUCAGCGAACACCGACGAGACGAAAUACUCGCUCCGUCAGCAGGCCCAACGGAGCGCGCGAGCUCGGUGUGACCCCAAAAGCCCCACCCUUGCCUUCAAACGCCGCCGUCAGCCGCACUUCAUCCACCUCUCCCGCAGUCGCUGCGAAUGACAAAGGUAUCGGGUUUGCUCGCACUGCCGCUACUGCGGCCAUCGCGCCGAUGGCCACAUCGCUUCUGGAGUCGAGACGAGAGAUUGCGGGAGCGCCGAUCGCACAGGAGACAGCCGACGAUAAUUGGGAUGCAGACUUUGAGGAGGGUAUCCCAACUGCAAAGAUUGCAGGAUUUGACAAAUCAAUGACCUCUGCUCCAGACGCGGAUCAGACCAUUCCUGCGAGGGGCGCCAAGCGAAAUCAGGCAGCAAGAGACGCCUCGAGUGCGCCAAAGAACCCAAAGACACCGUCUGUCGAGGACUACUCUGAUCUCAUUGCGGCUGACGACGACUCGCAUUUGUCGGAGAGGAUACGCAAGCUGCAGGCGCAAAACAGCGUCGGACCCAGAUUGUUUCACCCCAACGAUCUCAAGAGCAUUGCCACUGCGAGCAAAGCCGUUGCUGGCGUUGGUACUGGCUCAAGCAGUAAGAGGAAUUCUUCGGGACAAAGGCAGGGCCCACUCUCCCCUCUCGUUUCGCCCACCACCUCACCCACAGGCAGUCUUGCCAGGCGAAAUGGUAUUGCCCGGCCAAGCAGUCCUUUCGCGACGCGCAGCCCGAGCCAAAGUCGCAGCAACAGCGUCAAUGUGGAGAAGGACGCGAAGUGGCGCGAGAUGCGGCGGACGCUCGGCAAGUACUCUGAGAAUGGAGAGGAGGACUACUCGGACGUGUUUGGCGAGCAGAAGCUGAGCGAGAGACCAAGCGGCACUUUGCACCUCACUGAUCGCCUCUCCACUAAGACUUGGAGCUUUGAGAAGGAGCUUGGCGAAGACGACGACCCGUUCGCGGAAAUUGAUGGCGAACUUAUCGAGGACGGGGAUCUCGAAGCCAACCUGGCGCGCGACAAGCAAGCGCGCAACGCUGCCUUUGUCAGCAAUUUGGUCGAAGCACUGCGCGCCGACAGCGCGGAAGACCAGCUUGUGGACACAUGCGAUCAGCUGGAGCAGCUGAUGCUUGAUGAGGAUACUGGAGCGGCGAUGCGACGUCAAAUGCUCCUGGCCCAUGGAGCCUUGGCGGUCGUCCAGCUUCUGGAGGUCACCAAGUCGCGUCUUGUGCUCAGUCGAGCGCUAGGCCUCUUGAACGUGCUGAUCUACGACGACACGGCCGCACAAGAGACCCUGUGCCUGAUAGGUGCAAUUCCUGUCGUCAUGGGCAUGACCUCCAAGCGCUUUGCCCACGAGAUUCGGCUUGAGGCUGCUCACUUUAUCUACUCCAUGUGCUCGGCCUCCAGCCUUACGCUUCAAUUUGUCCUGUCUUGCCGCGGUCUCAAGACUCUAGUGGAUCUUAUUGAGGAUUACUCUGACCAGAGCCAAAAGGAACUGGUCUGGCUGGGCAUCGGUUGUAUCAACAGCGUAUUGGAGCUGCAAGCAUCUCGAAACGACUUUUGCCGCAUGCUCGCCUUGGAGGGUUUGCUGGAGCCGCUGUCAGCUGUCUUGCUGUUGGUGAUCGAAGACAAGGAGCACGAGUAUGCAAUGACUGCGCAGGAACAAGUCCUCCAGACCCUGCUCAUCUUCUCGAACUCGGACUCUUGGCUGAAGACGAAGGUAGCCACUCGUGGCGUCCUGCGACGAAUGCUGCAGGCUUGCUUCUUGCUUGACGGCAAGCCACUGACGCUCCUGUUGAAGAGCAUAAAGUGCUUAUCGAUGGGCGGAACUUCAAUCCUGGAUGAGCUGCAGAAGGCAGACACCAUUCCAACUCUGGUGCGAGUUCUCGGUGAACGCGCAGAGGGUGCCCACAGCAGCGAGAUCAUCAAUCAGGUGCUCAGCGCCACCUUUUCUCUCUGCCGUCUCAACAAAUCUCGACAGGAGGAAGCUGCUAGCGCUGGUGUCAUACCACAUUUGCUACAGGUUGUGAGGAGCAAGUCCCCGUUGAAGCAAUUCGCGCUGCCAAUUCUCUGCGACUUUGCGCACGCGGGCAAGGCGACGCGGAAAGCGAUGAAUCGGGAUGGAGGCGGUGUUCAGUUCUACCUCGAGCUCCUUGAAGAUCCGUACUGGCAAGGUCAGGCGCUGGAAGCGAUUCACAUCUACUUGCUGGAGGAGACGGCGCCCGUCGAAGACGCUCUGCUCCAAAGCGCUUCCAUCGAUCGUCUCGUUGGAGUCUUCACUACGGCGACGAGUGGGUUCGAAAAUCUGCUCGAGCCCUAUCUCAAGAUCUUGCGUCUAUCACCACAUGGCGUCACCUCUGCCAUGGCGAAGUCGUCGGCGUUCAUCAAACGUUUGAUCAAGCGACUUGAUCACAGCAAGGCCGUCGUUCGUCUUGGUCUUCUUAGGCUCACCAAGCUGCUCUGCGACUCGCAUCCUGCGCUCAUUGCUCAGUACAAACUUCUUGAAGUGAUCGAGAAGCUUGCGCAAGACGAUGGCGCUGUUCUUCUUAGAUCGGCCGGAUCAACGACCGUCAAUGACAAGGGCUCCAUUCGUCGCGCCGUGUCGGACACGCACGUCGGCGGCAUACCCGUCUCUGUUUCAAGUGAAAAGGACAGCCGCGAAACGGUCGCUAGUAGCACGCUAGCAAAAGGCAGCAUCAUGACUCCUAGCGCAAGACAACAAGCCAUUCCCUCUCCGAGGAGAAGCCCGUGGAAUCAAGGACCCGGGAUAGGAAGCACACCCAAUUCGACAAAGGGCAAGACGUCGCCCGAUCGGACCUUGCGCCAUGCUGGCCCGUCCAUCAAAGACGGUUUGGACAAUUCCUCCCUUAAGCGGCCUAUACCAACCCAUUCAUCCCGGUCUCACACCUCAAGCCGAAGCGAGAUGGGCAAGCCGUCGGACUCGAUGGCAUACAGGGGCAGUGCAUGA